AUGGAGUGAGUUAUCGAUUUUAUUGGUGGCAGUACUGACAGCGCUUCCUUUUUGUACUAUGCAAUUUCAGAGAAGAAGAUUAUGACCAGGGGGAGACGACCACAAAAAAGAAUAAAGAGAAUGGAAGAGAAUUCCGAAAUCACAAGCCAGAUGACGAAGUAGGAACGCAGAAGACGGCUGUCGACAUGGACAUCGUUCAACGAGAAAUCGCCGAUCACUUGAAGGUGGGUCUUCAGUCGUUUUUUUAACGCCAUCCUUUUUUCAUUAUAGGAUGUUCUACACGAGAAGGCGAUUGACAGUGUCGAUUUGGCGAUGUUGGCCCCGAAAAAAAUUGAUUGGGAUCUGAAACGUGAUAUCGAAUCGAAAAUGCUGAAACUUGAACGGAGGACACAAAAAGCAGUGGCUACAAUCAUCAGGCAAAGAUUGGCCGAAGGAAAAGGCGAUCUCGCGUCGACAGUGAACGCUGCUGCCGCACAAAAUCUGUAA